UAUACAUUAAUCAAAUAAUCUCUCUCUAAUUUCAACAAAAAUUAGCCCAAAUCAACAAAAAGGCAAACAAUUAGUUCACCUAAGAUAAUGGAUGUAUUCAAUGAAUUACCAGAAGAUUGCAUUUCUUCAAUUCUUUCUCUUACUUCACCUAAGGAUACAAUUAGUUUCUCUCUGGUUUCAUCCUUUCUCCGAUUAGUGGCAGCAUCUGAUUUUGUCUGGCAAACAUUAUUGCCUUCUGAUUGUGAUAAAAUUAUUGACAAAUCUGUCAUUCCAUUGAAUUAUUCUUCUAAAAAAGAGCUUUUUAUUCGUCUCUGCAAUUCAAUUCUCAUUGAUGGUGGUAACAAGAGCUUUGCGAUAGAGAAAUCAAGUGGGAAAAAAUCAUAUAUAAUCUCAGCUGAAGAAUUGUCCCUUUUAUAUGGGGAAGAACCAGAUCAUUGGACUUGGAAAUCUGUGCCAGAAUCAAGGUUCUCAAAAGUGGCUGAACUGAAAGUGAUAUGCAAAUUAGUAGUAAAAGCAAAGCUAAGGACAAGUAUGCUUUCUGCAAACACGAAUUAUGGAAUUUAUUUCAUAAUGAAAAUCUCAGAUCGUGCAUUUGGUCUGAGUUCAGUGCCGGUUGAGACUAGUGUGGAAAUCGGCAAUCGGAAAGAUGUUCACACGGCGACUCUGGAUCAACGGAAGGGCGAAAAAGAUCUGCCGAAUGAAAAACAGAGGUAUGAAAGAGUGCUGUAUAAAAGGGAAGAUGGAUGGAUGGAAAUUGAGUUAGGAGAAUUAUUCAAUGGUGGAGAUGAAGAUGAAGAUGAGGAAUUUACAGUGAGUUUAAAGGAGGUGAAGGGAUUCCAUGUAAAAGGUGGACUUGUCAUUGAAGGCAUUGAAGUUAGGCCUAAACACUAGGACUCAGGAAAAUUCAAAUAUUGUUAUCAUAAAUUUCAUUGAUCUUUUUUUCUGUCA